UCUUGCUAGCUUGACAGUGGUAUCGGGUGAGGGGUCAUAAAUUGAGACAGACUCCCCACAUUUGCAUACAGUAUUUCCCCACUGCAUAGCUGAAAGACAAUAUGACCCUGCACCGUUUACCCUCUGCUCGGUAAUUCACCGUCAGCGCCGGACAUACGAGUUACUUUCUUUAGUGGGGUCGGGUGGACCGCCACUUUCUCUACAGUUUUCACCCUCUUCCCUCUUCGUCUAGCCAGCUGCCGCUAAUCUCUCCACAGCAACGGGAGGUUUGCCAGCAUGCUAACGGGGGCAGCUUAACCGCAACACAUUGCAGCAAGUCUCCUGUCUGACUCUGUAGAGGUCCAGCCGAGCUGAACUCCGCGGAGCCAUGCGGCAGUGGUGUGUCCCCGCUGCGACCCCUCGCACUGAGCCGCUCCCGGGGCGCCUGUCCGUGUCACCCCCUCCGCCAGAUGCCAGAAUGGAGUGCUGCGAGGCGGAGCCCCGCUACACCAUCGAACAGAUCGACCUCCUGCAGCGCUUGCGUCUGUGCGGCAUGACCAAACCUCAGAUCCUCCACGCUCUGGAGUCCCUGGAGAGGCUGGACCCGGACCACCGCCCGUCCCACUGCGACUCUCAGCCCGCCCCGUCCAACAACACCCCCGCCGCGGCCGCCCCGGCCCCGUCCUCGUCUUCGUCCUCGUCCUCCUCUCUCUCCCUGGCCUCCGCCACCACGCAGACCUCCGGCCUGGACGGCGCCGCCCUGUCGCCCAGCAACAGCUACGAGGCCUCGCCUCCGCCCCUCUACCCUCCCAGCGUGGCCGUCCAGCGCUCGUUCAGCUACGACGUGAUGGGGGAGGAGGACUGGGACCUGGAAGAGAAGGUGGAGGAGUACAUGAGGAGAGACAGCAACCUGGUGAAAGAAGAGAUCAAAUCCUUCCUCAACAAUCGCAGGAUCUCUCAGGCAAUCGUAGGCCAAGUUACAGGCAUCAGCCAGAGUUACAUUUCCCAGUGGUUGCUGCAGCAAGGCCUGGAGAUGAGCGACUCCAAACGCCGAGCGUUCUACCGCUGGUACCUGCUGGAGAGGAAUAACCCAGGGCUGAGGUGGAGUGAAAGCCAGCACAGCGUGAGUCCCAUGCCCAGGGCCAGGGGAGGGGACAGAGACGGGACGGUAGCAGGGGCAAGUGGCAGCCUCCCCAACCCCAACACCAACCUCAACCCCAACCCCAAUCCAGUGUGGAGCAGGCAGAGAGAGCUGCUGAUGCACUUGCUGCCGUGGUACGCUGCCGCAGCCGCCCAGGCCCAGCCAGGGGCCACCUUAUCAAUGCGGUCUCUGGUGAAGGAGGAACCCGACUGGAGGUCAGGGAUCAUGGCGGGUGACAGAGCGGGGAUGGCGGCCGGGCCUCUGAGGCUGCGUAGAGGAAGCAGGUUCACCUGGAGGAAGGAGUGCCAAUCAAUCAUGGAGAGCUUCUUCAUGGAGAACCAGUACCCAGAUGAAGCCAAGCGAGAGGAAAUCGCCAACGCCUGUAACUCUGUCAUUCAGAAACCAGGCUGUAAGCUGUCUGAGUUUGAGCGCGUGACGGCAUUAAAGGUGUACAACUGGUUUGCCAACCGUCGGAAGGAGAUGAAGAGAAGAGCGAAUAUCGAAGCUGCCAUUUUGGAAAGCCAUGGAAUCGAGGUGCCAAGUCCGAGCUGCCACUCAAACGGCGAGGAUGGAGAGAUGCAUGAGUUUACCGAUCAGGUGAAUCAUCGGUUCUCCGAGCCGGAGGAGACCUCUUCCCACAGGAUUGUUGACCACCAAGACCCCUCCUCAUUGGGUCUUGCAGAGGUCGCAGGCCUGCCGAGCCCCGCCCCUCAGGUCCUGGAUCAGAAAGAGGAGGCUUCCAAAAGGGAGACGGUGGAUGAAGAGUGACCCAAGCGGGUGGAGCUUGGAUCGUCAUAUUUGAAUUUGAAGUCCGUUGAAAUAGGAAAAACACGAAGUGUCUCCUCCUCCACCCUUGGGAGGGUCUUUGGCACCCAAAAAUCAAAGGGAGAACGGGUGCUGAAGAUCGCUGAGGUGCCUCUGAUGGCAAGGAGGCCACUGUAUUUAUCAACAGUAAUCUUGCUUAUAUUAACAGCAAUAUACAGUAAAUAUAUAUAUAUAUCAAUAUAUAGUGCAUUCCAAGAUGGUAUUUAAAAGCCUAAACUCCUUAGAAGGAGAACUAUGUAAAGGAUACCUCGCUCAUUUUAAGCCUCUUUUUUUUUUUUUUUUUUUUUUUUUUUUCUUCGCUACAUGCCUUCUUAUUAGCCUUUUAUCAAAGAGUGGUUGGUCGAUGGACUGUGGUGGCGUGAGUGAGCUGAGCCUGCAGGUCAGGUGUGUUUGGAUGUAGGGGAUAAAGUACGCUAUCAAAGGAUCUAGUUUAUGGGGGAUACGGAAGCCCUCCGCUUGCUUGAAUGUCUUCGACCCCCGUCUGGUCUGCGAAAACCUCAAUCAGUCGAUUGGUUCAAUCAGUCGAUCAAUCGACGAGUGCUGUCACCGUCAAAUCCGUUUAAAAAAAAAAAAAAAAAAAAAAAAAAAAAAAGCCCUGAGGGACAACUGGAAUCUCAGGUAAUCCCGAAACAAGGUGGAUAAGGACAGUGAAGUCUUAACACAACGCUUUAUUUUUUAAUUUAAUUUUUCUCCUUACCAUCUUUCCUUUCCUUUCAUCUUAACUGUGUUUAACCAAAAAAACAGGAUGUUGUUAUUUAUACCUUUUUAUAUUAGCAAACACGAGCCUAUGGCAAUAUAUAUCGUGGUAUAUGUCUUCUUUGUUAUACUGAAUGCUGCUGUUUGGUCAUUUUUGUAGUAUAAUCCUUCAUUUCAAAGUCUUGUCUGUCAAAUCCUCAACUCAGCCAGUGAAGCUAGACUAGAUACAUAACGUCUACUCAGAAUCUUUUUUUUUUUUUUUUUUUUUUUUUUUUACAUUUGAAAUAACGCUAAAAACAAAAAUGUGACGAAACCUGAACGCGUCAGCCGACACGCUGCAAGCACCUUCUCCUCCCGUCGGAAUAAGCUAAAAGCUUAGGCGCCUGUACUGUUUUUGUAGGACCGCGGAAGCUGCACUACGGAUCGGAUCGCACUGUAAUUUGGAAAGCGGGACGCGUUAACGGAACCUGUACCUGCAUCUGACGCAUCCGUAACCCAGAGAGCGCGAGUGCUUCCCUAUCAAAUUACAUUAGCACUAAUAUACAAAGUGUUAUUUGUCAAACUUGAAUAGCUGACUUCAACUUGUUGCAUUACUUAGUCCCUGUAUUUACUGGCCCAAGGCCUUGGGAGUUACUCCCCUUUUGUUUUUGUUUUUUUUAAAGUUCAUGAAAUGGACAAUGACGCUUGAACUCAAAUACCCUCGCACCCCCCCACCCCCCUCCCCCUACCAUGUUACCUCCUUAUGCCAAAGCUAUGCCAAGGUAGAGAUGAGCUGGCGUGCUCACAGGAACAGGAUAUGACCCAGUCACACAUAUUUGCUCAGUACAACACUAGCCAACUCUAGCUUACCUCAGAAUAUCUCUUGUGUCAUGAACGGGUUACAGGCUAAUAACUUGUCAUAAAAUUUGAAAAAAAAAUAAAGUGACGGCAGCCAUUAUUGUGACUGUUUAUGAUACGGACAGUGUUAUGUAGCAUUUCUGACAGCGGGGGUGUUUUUGCCCUGUAUUGUUGACGUAUACUCACCUCAGAUCGUUCUGUCGUGCGGCUUUGGACAGGAAAACCCCCAAAGCCGCACGCCGUUUCUGAUUAUUAUGCUCCUCUCUAUCUGCUUUUAUCCGACAGCGAGAAAACAAUAACGAUAAUAAAAUUGUAAACAAUG